AUGGGAAUGGCUCGCAAGAGAAAGAUCUCGGAAAACGAACUGCAAUUCGAUUACAACAACACUUCUUCGGACUCAGAAUAUUCUGAGACAAACGGGAAGAGACCGGUGGCCAGGAAUGCGGCCAACGCUCGCGAAAGGGCACGUAUGAGGGUUUUAAGCAAAGCAUUUACUCGACUGAAGACAUCACUGCCAUGGGUUCCGGCGGAUACAAAACUUUCCAAAUUGGAUACUUUAAGAUUAGCCGCCAGUUAUAUAAACCAUUUGAGACAAAUCUUGGCUGAAGAGCAAACGUAUCCCAACUCUUCUGUCCAUCCCUUCAAUUUAUUUUAA